CAAUGAAUCUGUAGAUGAAUUUUGGUUAAGGCUCUCAAUUGAAAUCAUAUCGCGAGGAAUAGUUUUGUCGCUCAAUUGGGCAUCAUCCUUAAUACCGUCAACUAUCAAUUGUACGAUAUUUUCUACACCUUUCUUCCUAUGGUUAUUUUGGCCGGGGAUCUCAGCUGAAAUUUUAGUCACAGAAUUCGAUACCUCCGGUAUCUUUUUAGAAGUGAAACACCCGAUGUCAAAUUCUUGA